GUCCGGAGCCGCGGCGCAGCCGGCGCUGGCGAGGGGCUGCCGCCUGGGCACGCAGCCGCCUGCCGCGGUCCUCCGGGGCCUCUCCCGCGCCCGCCUCGCCCGCCGGGCCCCAGCAGGGGCCGCAUCCGUGGCCUGGGCAUGAGCGGCCGCUACUAGCUGCGCCUGGCCUGGGACGGACGCCCGACCGCCCCGUCACGUGCGCCCAAGUCCUCGGCCAGCCGGGGCCGCGCCGUUCCCAUGGUUCAAGGCUGUUGAUGGAGAAGGGGGCGAAUGACAGCCGGGACGGUGGUCAUCACCGGGGGCAUCUUGGCGACUGUGAUUCUGCUCUGCAUUAUUGCGGUUCUGUGCUACUGCCGGCUCCAGUACUACUGCUGUAAGAAGGACGAGUCGGAGGAGGACGAGGAGGAGCCGGACUUCGCCGUGCACUCGAGCCUGCCGCCGCUGCACUCCAACCGGAACCUGGUGCUGAGCAACGGGCCGGCGCUCUGCCCAGCCGCCGCCUUCAGCCAGAGGUCCCCACCAGCCCGCGCCCUCUGCCGCAGCUGCUCCCGCUCCGAGCCGCCCGCCUUCUUCCUGCAGGAGCCGGAGGACGAGGGCGUCAGCAACGGGGGGGAGCGCGUGGCCUACAGGAGCAUCAGCCAGGAGGACGUGGGGCCGCCGCCCGGGGGCUUUGGGGGGCUGCAGGCGCUCAACCCCAACCGCCUGUCGGCCAUGCGAGAGGCCUUCUCCCGCAGCCGCAGCGUCAGCACCGACGUCUGAGCAUGCCCCCUGCCCCCAGCAGGGCCUGAGAUCAUGGUGGGAGGUCCCCGCCUGGCCCCGGGGCCCCAAACCCAGCGAUCCUCGCGUGCCUGUCAUCACAGGCGCUCCGGGGCUCCCUGCAAGGGUCAGACCCAGUGAAGGCUGGUGGGGCCACCCCGGGCAGCAGCCACUGGGGCCUGGGUCUGCAGGGAGGCAGGUGUGAUGCGGGCGCGGGUGCGGCCUCCAGGUGCCCCAGCUGCAGAGUGAGGUGGGGCUCCAGGGCGCGGACGCCGGACUGCGGAUGCCCGGGCUGCCGUCAGCAAGGGGCCGGGGGCCAGGGCCUCCGUCGCAGCCGCCUCUGCCGCUCGGCCUGGCCGCCCCCCUCCAUCCCUGGGUCUCGGUCUACCCAUGUGUCUAAGGAUGAGGUGGUGGCCGCCAGGCUUGGGGUCUUGCAGCUUAAGCCUUGGGGGCCAAGUCUCCUGUCUCCCCCAACCCGCAGACAGCCCGGCUUCCAGUGCAGCUGAGAUCCUGCUUGAGCCCACCUCUCCACCAAUGCCCAGAGAAAAGGGGGGUUUCUCGGGAGGCGCAGCCCCAACUGGCUUUUUGGUGAAAAUGGAGUAGGGAAGAGGCCCUGUGCCAACCCUCCUGCUUCAGAAGUAAAACAUGCAGCCCACUCCUCAGCCCUGACGUGGUCGGGCAGAGAAAGCCACGAAGAGGCAGAAAGUCCCACUGACGCCCCAUGGGACCUGGGACGCCCUCAGGUCCCCAGGGGGACAGGCCCACACCCUCCCACCUGGUGGGUCUCAGGAGGACCUGGGAGCAAGGCCUCAGGCUGCCCUUCCCUGCACCGGCCCCCAGGUGAGGACAGCUGAGCUCAGCCCCCAUCAGGCCCCCUCAGGCCUAGCAGCUCCUCCCUCCACCCAGUGAGAAAGCUGCCCCAAGCCCAGGGGUACCUGCCGUGAGGGACACAGCCCCCCAUUCAGAGGCCCUGUUUCCUCUGCAGCCUGGUCCCCGGAACCCCCCCUCCUCUCCUGGGCCCGCUCUCGCACGCUCUCUCUCUCUGCCUCUGGGCCCCGCCAUGGAGUGCCCCCCAGCACCCCCAUAGGGCAGCCCCCAUCUGCCCAAGAAGAUGGACCAAGCUCCCCAGCCAAGCGGCCUUCCCAGAAGACAAGCUCUGGGGCCAGCGGCUUCCCCCCGGUGUGGGCACAUCUCUCGCUCUCUCUCGAAAGCGCUGCAGAGCUGUGAUUCUGGACGUGAGCAGAGUUAGGAAGACUUACUAUUUUGGGCAUUCUCGAUAUUUCUUUCCCCUCUUCUUCCCUUUGCCUCCUGCCUCAGUUUGGACUCGCUAAUGGAUUCAUGCCCAAGCUUCCCGUUCCUAGCAACCCCACGAGUCUCUGAUGUAUUGGCUGGGGGCCGGGGGUGGGGGUGGGGGGUGGGGGAAGGGUCCGGAGGUGGCGCUUCCCGUGGCUGUGCUGUCCGGCCUGUUUCCUUUUCUUGUCUCUGGCCUCUGCAUAGAUUCCUAGAUCCGUCUGACAGCAUCACCCCGCACACACCCGUCCAAGCUCUCCCUCAGCUCCGCCGUGGAGACCGGGGGAGCUGCCCGCUCCCCGACACAAUCGAGAGCCAAUAAAACUCCUCUCCGACA